AUGACGGCGGAGAGCGGCUACGCCGUAGCGAGCGCCCUCCAGCGGGAACUGACCUGCUCCAUCUGCCUCGAGCUUUUCCGCGAGCCCGUCACCUUGGGCUGCGGCCACAACUUCUGCCGCGCCUGCAUCGUGCGCGUGUGGGAGAGCCGCGAGCGGCAGCAGAGGCUGGCGGCGGGACAGGACGAGGACGAGGACGAGGCCUCGGCCGGGGGUCCGGACAACACCUACUCGUGUCCGCACUGUAGAGAGAUAUCCUUGUCUAAAAACUUUACCAAGAACUUCUUGGCAGCAAACUUGGUCGAGAGGCUGCAGGAAUCGAAGUCUGUCUCCCACUCUCCUGGUAACUUGGGCCCAAAGCAGUGCAAGAAGCAUCAAAAGCCAAUGACCCUGUACUGUGCCACUGACCAAACAAUCCUCUGCAACGUAUGUAGACUGUCAGAAGCACAUAGGACUUGUGAUAUUCUACUAGUUCAUGAAUUAACAGAAGAGUUUCUGAAGAGAAGAAAAGAGUUAAAGGAGAAAAUUGAAAAAGAUUUUGCUAAAAUGAUGGAGUUUCUAAUUGAAGAAAGGGAGAUAUUUUUAGUACAGCUGGAGGAGGAGGAGCAGGUGGCUCUGAAGGAGACGGAAGCAGGGGAAAUGGACCUGACGGCCACCAUCGUAGAGCUGGAGAAGUCCAUCACCAACAUCCAGAGCAAGCUCAGCCAGUCCGUCUCACUGGAGGAAAUGCUGGACACUAUUUCUCAGCCAAUUCCCCAGCUGGAGAAGCUCGCAAGACAGAAGCUGUACGCACGUUGGGACCUGUUCACUGGACCCCUACAGCUCAUCGCCUGGAAACGGAUGCAGGAUUUUAUCAGUCCAGGGCCGGAGAAUCUCUACUUCAACCCCCUGACCGCCCACCCCAGCCUCCGCUUCAAUAGAGACUGCACCAUGGUGGAGUCCUCUGGCUCACGGGGUCAAACCUCCGAUGACCCCAAACGUUUCAGCUCAUUCCACGGGGUGCUGGCCACGACCCACUUCAAAUCAGGACGGCACUACUGGGAGGUGGAGGUAGGAGACUCGCAGGCCUGGUACCUGGGUGUGACCUGCAUCCACAGUGCCCGCAAGGGCUACAUCAAGCUGGCACCAUCCAACGGUUACUGGAGCAUCUGCAGGCUGCUGGACUACUGGAUGAACAACAAGCGCCGUCAGCCCCUGGAGGUGACCUCCAAGCUCUCCAGGGUAGGUGUCUACUUGGACUUUGAAGCUGGCCAGGUCUCCUUCUAUGAUGCCUGCUGCAUGGAUCUCCUCUGCACCUUCAGGACCAAUUUCCGCUGCCCUGUUGCCCCGUUCUUCAGCCCCAGCCGAGGGGUAGAGAGCAUCCUGAAGCUGUGCCACUUCUGAAACCUGAGCCUCUUGCCAACCCGCCCACCCCCAAAAGGUUUCUCCUUCCCCAACCCAACAGUCCUGCCUUCUAGAUAUUAAGUAAAUGUGAAAUGAUACUGUACACUAUUCUGCCUGAGCUCGUUAGUGAUUCCUUCUGUAAAGUGGCAAACUCACACCCCCCGCCCCAAUUUGGGAAGUAUAAUACAGAGGAUAAGCACAUACAACGACACAGGUAGAGCUGCUGUCUCACAGCGCCAGAGACCCAGGUUCAGUCCUGAAUUCCAGUGCUAUCUGUCUGUUCUCCCUGUAACCAUGUGGGUUUCCCCAACACUGGGUUGGUGGGAUAGUUGGCUGCUAUAGAUUGCCCUCCCAGUGAGGGGUAGAAUCCAAAGGUGGGGGGAGUUAGUGGGAAUAUGAGGGAGAAAUAAGUGGGGGAAAAAGUACUGUUGGGGAUAUGGGGAGAAUAAACAAAUCACUACAGACCAGUUCUCCAAAGAACCUGUUUCCAUUUUGCAUCUAUCUUCACAUUUCACAAGUAAUCAUUGGCACAACACUUGUCUCCUUCCACCCACCUUUUCCAUCUUGGAUCAAGGGAUAAACGUUGGAACCUGGUGUGGGUAUUCUUCCACAGGAGAAAAGGUGGAUAGGAGGGGGCUCCCAAACAUGAGAAAAUCUGCAGAUGCUGGAAAUCCAAAGCAACGCACACAAAAUGCUGGAGGAAUUCAACAGGCCAGGCAGGAUCUAUGGAAAAGAGUAAACAGUUGAUGUUUUGGGCCAAGACCAUUCAUCAGGUC